AUGGGGAACAAAAUGAUGAUGAAAAGCCAAGCGGAAUUUGAACAAGAUUAUCAAAGGAAACAAGAAUGUAAACCAAUAACUAAUAACAAUAGAGAAACCAUCAGUGCUGGCAUUAAAUCUUCUAAUUAAAAAAAAGGGUCGAGUAAGUACAGAAUACUAAUUCUUGACUCCACCAAUUGGCAAAGGAUAAUAUUCAGAAAUACGUAAGUUAAGAUUGUUUAAAAGAAUGCCACUGAGAAAGAAGAGGAAAGAGUAUUGUCGGAAGUCAACAUUUUAGAAAAGCUAGAUCAUCCGAACAUUUUGAAAAUCAAUGAAUAUUAUAGUGAUGACAGGUUUCAUUACAUAAUAACAGAUUUUUAUUCUGGAGGAGAAUUAUUUAGCAAGAUUCAAGAAAGAAGAAUAUUCUCUGAAACAUAUGCCGCAAGAAUUAUCCGAUAAUUGCUGUACUCAGUUAACUAUUGUCAUCUUCAUGGGAUUGCUCAUAGAGAAAUCAGACCUGAAAAUAUAAUGCUUGAACGAUGUUCUGAAUUUGCUUCAGCAAUCUUAAUUGAUUUUGGAUUGUGUUCAAAGAUUUCCCAUAAAAUGCAUAGUUCAGUUAAUCACCCCUACUAUUAGGCACCUGAGAUACAAUAAAAGAAAUAUAAUGAAUCUAUUGAUAUUUGGGCUAUUGGAGUAAUAACCUAUAUCUUAUUAUGUGGGUACCCUCCAUUCGGUGGAGACACUAAUAGAAAAAUCAUUGAUAACGUUCUUAAAAAACCCCUUAUUUUUGAUGAAUAGGAUUGGAGCAAAAGUAGCAAUGAAUCAAAAGAAUUUGUUAGGAAAAUCUUACUUAAAGAUCCUAGUCAAAGAAUUACAAUUGAUUAAGCGUUAAAUGAUCCAUGGAUUGUUAAGAAUUAUGAACUUUAGGUUACUGAUAGUUAAUUGAAAAGAGUUUUAACCAAUUUGGUGAAUUAUAAUUGUUAAUCUAAAUUAUAAGAAGCUACUCUUAAAUUGAUAGUGCUCUAUUUAGCUUCUAGAGAAGAAUUAAGUGAAUUGAGAGAAGUCUUUACAUGUAUUGAUACAAAAAAUGAUGGGUAUAUUGAUGUGGAAGAGUUAUAGGCUGCGAUGCUCAAGAUAUUUGAUACUGAAACAGCUGAAAGGCAGUCCAAUAAGAUAUGUGCUGAAGAUGAAACUCUUUCUUAUUCAUAAUUUUUAGCAUAGGCUAUUGAUAAAUAGGCCAUUUUACAAAAGUCUAAGAUUGAGACAGCAUUCAAAUUGAUAGAUAGAAAUGCCUCUGGAAAUAUCAAUGUUGAAGAAUUGAGUGAAGCAUUCAAAUGCAAUCUGACUGGCAAUGACUAUUGGAUAGAAAUUAUGAAUGAAGUAGAUGCAAAUCAUGACGGAGCUCUUUCAUUAGUAGAAUUUACAAAUAUGAUGAAAAAAUUGAUAUAAUCAUGA